AUGUUUCCUAAUGCAGCACCAACGGGAUCAAUACAACGAUCUUUACCACCUGAAUCUCCAGUUGCAAAUUGGAAUGUAUUUGUAUAUCGAAAAGUUGAACCUACUCAUACAUUUCAUUCGUAUGAUGUUUCUCAAUCACAAAAUCCUCAACAAGCUAAUUCAUCAUUUUAUAUUCAACUUCAACAACACUAUAAUUCAUCAUUAUCAAGUCAUUCAAAUAUACUUCACUUACGAUAUAAAUCACUACAACAAAAAAAUACUGUUGAUUCAUACACACUUCCAUUUACGAUAUGUUUAUUAGAUGAUAUAAAAUUAGCACAGGAUACAGCACCACUUGCAUCAACAGGAGGAACAUCAUCCUCAAGAUUUUAUAAUGCUGACCAACAAACAGUUCGAAUCAAUCAACAAUUUGAUGCUCUACCAACAUUAAUUCUGCGUGCUAAAGCAUUCCUUGGUGUAUUAGUAUUAAACAAUGCAACAAAUAGUAUCACUGCUAAUACUGCUGGUGUUAUUCGUCCAUUCAUGAUCUUUGUAACUGAUGAUGUAUGCAUUGGACGAUUAUUUGAUGCUUAUAUAUAUCGUAUUACAAAUAUUUCAGUUAUUUCUAUGAUUGAUGGUCAAGAAGAUGAAACUCACGUUGCUGGAAUAAAAAAAUUAUUUCAAGCACGAUGUUUUUAUUAUUCAAAAUAUUGUAAACCUGAAUCAAAUAAUAAUAAACAUUAUUUUGAUAAACCAUAUGAUAUAACAUUAUGUGCUCAACGAAUGGCACAAGGACAUUAUAGUGAUAUACGAUUUUAUUGGAAUCGGGGUUUAUGUUUGCCAUUGCUAAAAUAUAAUAUUGAUAUUCGCAAUUGGAUACCAAAAGUAAUGUGUGGUGGAAUUGAAAAAUAUGGAAGCCAAAGUGAUGAUAUUGAUUUAUGGUUAAUAUCAAGAUUAAGUUGUGAGCGAGCUGGAACGAGAUUUAAUGUUCGUGGUGUUAAUGAUGAUGGUGCAGUAGCAAAUUUUGUUGAAACCGAACAAAUUGUUCUUCUUCCUAAAAAACGCAGUUAUUCAUCAUUUGUUAUUGUUCGUGGUUCAAUACCACUCUUUUGGCAGCAACCAAAGUUUCAUGUUGGCACUCAUCGUAUUACACUAUCACGAACUGAAGCUUUCAGUUUUAAAGCUUUCUUUGAACACUUUAAACGUCUCUAUCGACAUUAUGGUCGUGUAUUAAUAAUAAAUUUAAUUGAACAACGUGAUCAGGAAAAACAUAUUGGAGAUGAAUAUAGAAAUUUCUUUAAUUUACUUGUUAAAAACUUUAAACAAGUACAAAGUAAUCAAUUACAUGAACAAAACUUUAUCUGGUUUGAUUAUCAUGAACAAGCGCGUUCAAUUAGAAAUUUGGCACCUGAACAAUUUGUUCAAAAAUUGUUAAUUGACAAUACACAAUAUCCCAUUGCACAUGAAUUAGAACGACAAUGUGUAUUUACUUGGAUUGAUGGAACAAAGCAGGAUUCACAAAAAGGAGUUUUUCGUAUUAAUUGUAUUGAUUGUCUUGAUAGAACAAAUAAUGUACAAUUAACAAUUGGUUUACAUAUUUUAAUUAAGCAAUUAACUUCAUUAGCUAAAAAAUGCAAUUUAUAUUAUGUACGAGACCAUUUAAGAGAAAUGUGGAUUAAUAAUGGAGAUCAUAUUAGUAGAAUUUAUACUGGUACUGGUGCAUUAGGACAACGAAGUAAAGCAAAAGAUAUUCAACGUAGUUUUGGUCGUGCCAUACAAAAUAAUUUACGUGACGAUGAAAAACAACAAUCAAUUCAAACAUUAAUUUAUUCAUAUUCAAAAGAUUCUUAUUUACACGAACGUUCUGUUGCUGCUCUUUUCACUCCCUAUGUUAUAUCUGAUGGUCUUAUCUUAAGUGAAAUACUGAAAAAUCGUGAAAAUUAUGUUAAAAGAGAAAAAAUUCGUAUAUCCGUUGGUACAUGGAAUAUAAAUGGAGAUAAAAAUCCAGCAUUAGAACAUGAAUAUCCAGCAAUUCUUGAUGCUUGGAUGCUUGAUGGACCAGAAAAUCUGGCAUCGAAACCAAGAAAAGCUAAUGCUAUUCCAACUCUUGGAUAUGUCACUGAUGAUUAUGAAAAAUCUAUGCCGGAUAUAUUAGCUAUUGGUUUUCAAGAAAUAUGUGAUUUAACAGCUUCGAAUAUAGUUUCAAAGAGUUCGUCUAAUGCAAAUCGUUGGGUUAAUAAUGUACAAAAUCAUUUGAAAAGAAAUUAUCGUAAUCAUGAAUAUAUUUUAUUGGGUAUGGAUCAACUUGUUGGUGUGUGUUUAGCUAUAUUUAUUCGACGAGAUCUUACAUCAUGCGUCAAACACAUUGGUAUUGAUACAGUUAAAACUGGAAUGGGUGGCGCAAUAGGAAAUAAAGGAUGUAAACUUCCACCUCGAAUGUUGCCAUAUCCUCAUCAUUUUGUAACACCAAAUAAUAUUGAUAUCGAUCUUCGAGUACAUAAUUAUGAUCUUCAAAGAAAACUAACAUCGAUUGUUAGCACUCUUCUUAAUGGAAAUACACCAAAAAAUUGGUUUAAUACAACAAAACGACGAUUAAUUAAUCAAUAUAAACAUGAACAAGCUGAAUUAGGUUUAACAAAAGAAGAAGUAGCUAAACAAGUUCAAACACAAUUAAAUACUGAAUAUGCUGAACGAGCAUUUGAAACUAUUGAAAAUUCUGAUGAAAUUGAACGUUUAUCACCUGGUCUUGGACGUUUAUUAGUUUCACAUGCUCGUUCUAUAAUCAUAAUGAAAUCAGUUGUGCAAAAAUUAACAGAUGAUUUAGAAAAACAUCUUAAAACGACAAGAGAACAAUUAAUUCGUGAACAUCCAAUUAAAUCUAAAAUUCAUCGUUGGAUUGAAAGAAAAUUAUUUGAAGAAAGAAUAAAUUAUAUUCAUCAACAUGAAUGGGAUGCACAUCAAUUAUCAAUUGAUCAAUGUAAAACAUUAGGAAAUCAACAAGCUGCAUAUUUUAUUCAACGAGAUUUUACAUUUCGAAAAGAUCAUGAAUCAAUUCUUCGUCUUAAUCUUAAAUCACCUGUUGAACCUAUUCGAACAAUCCACUGUGGUCGAUCAAUAUGGUUUCCAAAAAAUUGGAUUGUCGAACGAACAUAUCCAUUACCUACUGAACGAAUCCCAACGUUAUUUGCUAAACAUACAUAUGCAUCUGAUGAAGAAGAAAAACGAAGAAGAUUGAUUCAGUCUGAUCCUGAUGCACAAUAUAAUCUUCGACGAAAAAUAACUUAUGCAACAACAACCAGAUAUCCAUUUUGGAGAUGGAAAUUAUUCGCACUUCGAACAUAUUGUUGGCUUUCAAAUGCUAUUUAUACAUUAUGUCUUGUUAUUCCAUUUGCUAGUCCAGUUAGCUUUCGAGCUCUAUUAUCUCCAAAACCAUUUAGACCUAAUUAUGAAUUGAAUCGAAAUGAUUUAAAACUUCAUGAGGAUCCACAUUCAAAAACACAAACGUUUGUUUCACGUCUUGUUGCUCUUUGGAAUCAUGUAAGACAUUCAAGACAAAAAUUCGAACAAACACCUGAUCGAGGCUUUUUGGGAAAGAAUAUCCAAAGAAUGUUCAAUCGAUUUUGGAAUUAUGUAGCAAAAGGUUUUAUCGGUACUGUUGCUAUUUGUGUUAUUUAUCCAGCUUCAUGCGCAAUUCUUUCAACUGGCUCUUUCAUAUUAGGUGUUCUAUCACCUAUUUGGAUGCCGAUUCUUACAUUACUAUUUCAUAUACUUCAAAUUCUUAUCUAUGAUGCAAGUUCAGCUGGUGAAUAUGGUCGAAAGAUUUUUUGUCUUAUUAAUAUUUUUAUAACUGAUUUUCUUCUCUGUGGUAUUAUACAACCAAUAUUAGUAUUAAUUGCAUUAAUUGCUAGUCCAAUAACUUCUCUUUUACUUGUUAUUUAUGCUCUGUUACAUCGUUGUACUCGUGGCUUGUAUGAUAAAAUACUAUAUCAAUUAAUUGUUAAGCGUUUUGCUCGAAUUCCUGCACAUGAUGGUUUUCUUGCAAGACGUAUUGCUGGUCCAGGUUUAGCAGCACAAUAUUUUUAUCAAGUUUCAUCACCCGAAGUAUUAGCAGCGUUAGAAUCAUUAAUUGAACAAAAUGAAUUAAAAGUUUAUCGUUCAUAUAUUGAACAAAUUUUAAUGAAACCAGUUGAUGAAUAUAGACGAUUUUUUAAUGCUGCAUUUGAACCGUUUUCAGCCCAAGUUCAAAUAAUAAAUAGUCAAUCAGUGUAUAGUCAAAUGAAUGAUGUUGUUAAUGAGCAUACUCGAAGUUUGAGAACAACGAUUGAAAAGCGUAAUGAUUUACUUCGAGUACAUCAUGGUUCACAACAUAAUCGUAUUCGAUUGACAGAAACUGAUUUAACAGCUGUACUUAUUGAAGGAACACAAUUAGUAGAAAAAUGGUAUCCACAACGUAUACUUUCUUAUUUAAAUAAGGAUGAAAUGGAAAAAUUUUGGAAUGAUUAUGAUCUCGAACAAAAUGAUUGGUUUGGUUUAACAAGUAAAUUACUUCAAGAAUUAUUUUGUCGAGAUUUCUUAACACCACUUGAACAAACAGAUGUUUGUUAUAGUCUUCAAGUUGAUCAUUUAACUUUAUCAAAAUAUGCACAUAUGAUCCAUUCAGCUAAUUUACAUGAUGAUCUUGAUGUUGUUACAAGUGUUUAUUUACCUGAAGGCUCAUAUACAAUUCAUUGUCCAUCAUUCAAUCAAGGGAUAUUCGAUCCAAAUGAACGCGUUCUUGAUAUAUCAACAAAUUAUUCUGAAAAACGUCGAGUAAAAAGUCAUGGUCGUGUAUAUCGAUUUUUUAAUCGUAAAGCAAAUUAUUUCAAACAUGCUAAUAAUUUAUCAAAAUUUGUUGAUUAUACAUCAAUAACAUGUCGUUUUUCUAUACCAAUACGAUUACCUGACAUAAUAUAUGUGAAUGUUAUCAUAUUUAAUCGUGAUAAUAAUAAUUCAAUAACAACAACAUCGAUUAAAAAUAUAUCUCUUCAAGAUAUUCUUCAACUUAUUGAGUAUAAUAAAAAAUUUUAUAACGAACCUAUGUUACCAAAAUACUCACCUGGAAUUUUAUCUCCUACGACAAUGAAUAAUAUGACAAAUGAUGAUAUAGUUAUGAUCAAUGCAACAUUAGAUAAUGAUGAUGAACCAUUAGAUCAUAGUAUUGCUGUACUUGACGAAAAACUUCUCUAA